CGACGAGAUCGUGGGCGAGACGGGCAGCGAGGCGGACGGCAGCGAGGCCUCGCUCUGCGAGAAGGACCCCCCUCCUCCUCCUCCUCACACGACCGCGAUGACGACGACGUCAUCCGCUGCAUCUGCGGACUGUACAAGGAUGAGGGGCUGAUGAUACAGUGCGAGAAGUGUAUGGUGUGGCAGCAUUGUGACUGUAUGGGGGUGAAUGCAGACGUGGGGCACUAUCUGUGUGAGCAGUGCGACCCUCGACCGGUGGACAAGGAGGUGCCCAUGAUCCCCCAGCCCAGCUACGCUCAGCCCGGCUUUGUUUACCACAUCUGCCUGCUGCGGGACAGGCUGCUGCUGCGCCAGGGGGACUGCGUGUAUCUCAUGAGGGACAGUCGGCGUGCUCCAGACGGACAGCCAGUCCGACAGUCCUACCGACUCCUCUCACACCUCAACCGGGACAAACUGGACAUCUUCGCAUCGAGAAACUGUGGAAAGAACGAGAAGGGGGAGCGCUUUGCUUUCGGACACCAUUAUUUCCGCCCCCACGAGACGCACCACUCUCCGUCGCGGCGUUUCUACCACAAUGAGCUGUUCCGCGUGCCGCUGUACGAGAUCAUCCCCCUGGAGGCCGUGGUGGGGACCUGCUGCAUGCUCGACCUCUACACCUACUGCAAGGGCCGGCCCAAGGGAGUGAAGGAGCAGGACGUGUAUAUCUGUGAUUACCGGCUCGACAAGUCUGCUCACCUCUUCUACAAGAUCCACCGCAACCGCUACCCCGUCUGCACCAAGUCCUACGCAUUCACCACUUCCCCAAGAGACUGGCGCCCAAGAGGGACUUCUCGCCUCACUACGUUCCGGACAACUACAAGCGCAACGGAGGAAGAUCAUCGUGGAAAAGCGAGAGACCCAAACUGGGGUGCAAGGAGACGGUGGGGGGAGCGUGUGAGGAGGAGCCCCCACCAGCGCUGGACGAAAUGGGGCUGGGGGGCGAGGCAAGGCCCAGGCUUGAGGAGACAGUGGUGGCCGGGGGUGAGGCAGAGACGGAGAGGGGGAGCGAAAGAGAGAGGGAGAGGGAGAGAGAGAAAGAGCGCCCUCCCAGACAGGACCAGCAGCAAGGAGCUGAGGAAGAGGAAGAGGAGGAGGAGGAGGAAGAGAGGGAGCGGCGGCCAGAGGAGGAGGAGGAGGAGGAGGGAGAGAGGGAGAGGGAGGCCCCCUUACUGGAGCUCGGACCCCCCAGUGAGAGGAGGGGGGCUCAGAGAGAGCGGCUGAACAAGAUAUUGCUUCACCUGCUGCACAGGAUCCCUGGGAAGAAUGUGAUCGAUGUCACCUAUCUCCUGGAGGAAGGCUCGGGUCGGAAGCUGCGCAGGAGAACCCUGGGAAUAGGAGACGGAGCCAGCUACAGGAAGUGAGGUCACUGCGGGGGGGGAGGGGCAGAGCCAGCUACAGGAAGUGAGGUCACCGCAAAGGGGGCGGGGCCUGAGCCCGAACCCGGAGCGGCGAGCCGGGAAUCGGAACAAACGCGAAGGAACGAGAGGAGAAAACAAAGAGAGGGAGAGAGAGAGAGAGAGAGAGAGAGAGAGACUCUCCAAGCCUGGGUUUGAACCGUGGACUGCGGUCGCUGCCACCAGCCCACGCCCCCUUCUCUCUCUGUCACGCGGGAAGGCGUGUGCGUGUGCUUUCCGUGACGGCGUAUCUUUCAAAGCUGAUGCCAUCGUUGUGUGAAGGUGUGGAGACUGUCAAACAGACACCAAAAGAAGCUUGCUUUUAAUAAUGAUAAUGAUAAUGAUAAUGAUAGAUACAGGGAGAGGACUGAGGCUCCCGGUACAGAGCAGUGUGAUCCGGGCCUGGUUUCAUAAUCACACACACCUGAGCUUGUUUCCUGGACACACUGGGGGCUGAUCAAACUCUCAACAAAAGCUUUGCAAAGUAAUACUGUUAUUAUCAUUAGUUUUAGUAUCAUUAUUAUUAUUGUUGUUGUUGUUAUUAUUAUUAUUAUUAUUAUUAUUAUUAUUAUUAUUAUUAUUAUUAGUAGUAGUAGUAGUAUUAUUAUUAGUAUUAUUAACCAUGGCUAGGAUGUCAUUUGUUGAGGAUGAUUUUAUUUGAUUUCUUUUUCUACUUUUUUUUUUUUAAUCGUCUGUUUGUUUGUUUAUUUAUUUAUUUUUUUUAAUGUCUGCAGUGACUCGUACAAAACAAACCAAAUUCAAAAUAAGGAAAAAAAAAACACCCACACAAUGAUUUGUAAGGAUCCAUUCCACAGGCAGACUUCUGCAAGAAACACACAGCCAGCUCGCUGGACUUCACAGUCUGGGAGAGGAACAGUUUCUGAAGAGGACUUGACUGACAGACAGACAAAAGGAUGUGAAAAAUAUAUUCUAAAUAAAAAGCGUUUGCCUUCUGGGCCUGAGAGAGUUUCAGCAGCUUUGCGGUACACUGCAGAUUAAAAACGAAACGAAACGAAACGAAACGAAACGAAACGAAACGAAACACUACAGCUGACCAGCUCCCCGAGCGCCACGCUGCUCCAGCGAAGAACUUUCAAUACCCUCCGGCAUUUCAUUUCAUCCUGGGAUCAUGAAGGGCAAACGCACGCACGCACGCACGCACGCACGGACACACGCACGCACACACACACACGCACGCAGAUGCAGCUGUUUAUUCGGAUACCGAUUUUUAAAAAAGGGCUCUCUUUUUUUGUGUGUGUCACAAAUCCCUCAAACAAAAUAACGAAGACAAAAAAAAAAAAGGUUUUAUUUUUUAAGUUUUCUUGUAAAGGUCAGCGUUUGGUAAACGUGCAUCCAGCGUGUGGUGUUUGAAAUAUUGUGAAUGACGACGAUGACGUCCCAUUCGAAUGACGUGCCACGCUCUCUGUGUAGAUGAUUCGUGUACAUAAGAGCGCCUGCGCGGCGCCUUUUAUAUUGGAACGCUAUGUAUUAUAAUAAUGUUAUUAUUAUUAUUAUUAUUAUUAUUACUACGAGUGUUGAUAUUGGUGUUGUUAAUCGUAUUAUAAUUGUUAUUAAUAGUAUUAUCGUGGCUGCAGGUAUAAUUGUCGUUUUUCUUACCCUCUCCGUUGUUGUUGUAUUAUUUCAAACUUGUUUUUUUUUUUUGUAAAAAAAAAAAAAAAAAAUUAAAAAAAAUAAUAAUUACAGCUACUGCAUAAUUUGAAAAAAAUAAUCACUUAGUCUGCAAAGAUGAAUGCGUGUGCGUGUGUGCGUGUGUAUAUAUACACAUAUAUACACACAUUAUAUAUACACACAUAUAUGAUUCUAACAUUAGAUCACAGCUGGCUCUUUGAGCUAAUAUAUAUAUAUAUAUAUAUAUAUAUAUAUAUAUAUAUAUAUAUAUAUAUAUAUAUAUAUAUAUAUAUAAUUAAAAAUUCAUAUUUGCAAACCAAGUGAUUUUUCUUCGUUUUUUUGUAUCGUUAUUCUAUAUCAGUAAUGCAGUUUGAAGCGGCUCGGGUGCGUGGAUUUCCUUGUGCUGUUCAGAGAGAGAGAGAGUGAAAUACUCUGAGAUUUCUGUAGAGACGCGCGAACACAUUUCUGUGUUUCAAAACGCGUCGCAGAGAGAGAGAGAGAGAGACGCGGGUCAGACACUAAACUGAAUAAAUACAACAUAUGCUUUUAAACCUCAGUAGGAAAAAAAAACAGAACAAAACAAACUGAAAAAAAACAGAACACUAGUUUAGAUAAUGGAAUGUUAUUGGAAGAAUUAUUUUAGACGCUUAAAUAUUAUUAUUAUUAUUAUUAUUAUUAUUAUUAUUAUUAUUAUUAUGAUUAUGAUUAUGAUUGUAUUUUCAAUUCUGAAAUGAUUUUUUUUUUGUUUUUAUUUUAUUGUAUAGAUUUUGUGUGUGUUUUUUAAUAAAAGCAUACCCUGUUGCUAAACUGCAA